CAUGGAAUUGCUUUAUGACCCAAAGCUUGGAUUCUUACUCUAUUCAGUGACAAUGUUUAGUUCGGGAAUAUAUUCUUGUUAUGCUGAAUAUAAUGGAAAAAAAAGUUUUGCAACUUACCAUAUUAUUAUUAUGCAUUACUGAGAAUUUAGAUUAUGAUCCAAAAAUAGGAUAUACACUUAGGUCACCUUCAGUUCAAGAUUCUGGUGUAUACUAUUGUGAGGCAAAAAGAAAUAACAGCAAUGAAUUACGAGAAUUAACUGUUUUCAUUAAUCCCAAAGUGCAUAAAGUAGUUAUGCCUUAUAUCAAUAGCAGUGAUGCAUAUACAGAUCAUUUAAUUAUUGGUCAAAAUCUAACCCUUAACUGUUCUGUGAGUAUGGAUCUUGGUAUUUCUUUCACAUUACAUUGGAAUGUUCCUAAUGAAAAGAAGCUUCAGGCUGGACAUGUGUUAAUUGGUAAAGAAAAUUUUUAUAAUGGUUUAAGACAUGGGGUCGGUAAAAGUGUUGGUAGUCGAUUAUUGAGUAUUCAAAAUGUUACUUCCGAAGAUGAAGGCGAUUAUGUUUGUGAAGUAAUGGUACAUUCUGGACAUAAAAACCAUGCUACGUACAAGCUUAAAGCAUUUACUCCUGAUAUGACUUAUUUAAGUUUGUCAGUUCAAGGUGAUGUUUAUGAAAUUACUCGUAAAGCAGGAACUCGACAGGUACAAUGGAUAGUUCAAGUAUCAGCAUACCCAAAACCAUCUCUUUUAUGGAGAGAUCCUAAUGGUAAAGAAUUAGGGAUGAAUCCCGAAAAAAUAUCAGUGGAAAAUGACAAAAGUACAUCCAAAUUAGUUAUAAAAGAUUUACAGCUAUAUGAUUCUGGUGCAUAUGAAUUAGUUGCAGAUAAUGAUGCACAUGUGAAACGCAUUACUGUGACCUUACUAGUUGAAGAUAGACCAUUAGUUCAAAUAACGAAUAGUUCUAAUUCAAAAGUAUUUUAUGAGGUGGGAAAAAUGUAUAGCGUUGAAUGUUAUAUAGGAGGAUAUCCUUUGCCAGAAGUUGAGUGGGCUUUUAAAAAGUGUCCAAAUUAUCCUGAAUGUGAAGAAUCAUUUAUCCAGAUAUCUAGAAGCAUGUAUAAAGAAACUGUAUUUAAAGAAACAUUUCUUAUAUCAUUAUUAAAUAUUACUGCUAUUGAAACUGGAAUACUUUUUUGUAACGCUACAAACGAAUUUGGAAUUUCUAACCACGAAUCUACAUUUUUUGUGACUGAUGUAUCCAAUGGGUUGUCUAUUAAAGGACCACCAAUUGUCGUUGAAGGAGACGAUAUAACAGUUGAAUGUGGAGCUUCUAAAUAUAAUUAUAAUCAAGACAUUAAAUGGAUAUAUCGAGACUUAAAUAAUAUAGAGAAACCAGUCAAUAAUGAUAAAAAUGUAUUACUAAUUAAUAAUAAGACCUCACUUUCGUAUCGUUCAUAUUUAAUGAUAAAAAAUAUUACCAAUAUAUUUGAUGGAGAAUAUUUGUGUUCGGUACCUGAAUCAUAUGAGAAGAAUACUGCAAUAAUAUUGUAUUCGGUAUUAGUCCGGGACUCACAAAUACCAGUUAUUCAUGAGUCAUCUAACUCAAGUAGUUUAAAAGUAAAAACUGGUAAACCAGCACAAUGGGGAUGUUAUAUUGAAAAAGGCAUGCCACCACCUACAGUUACAUGGUUUAAAAAUGGUCAUGUAUUAAGGAUAAAUAAAAAUGAUAGUAGGCUUUUAUUGCUGGAUAAAAAUCAAACACUUGUAAUACGGUUUACUGCAUUAGAAGAUGAAGGGUAUUAUGUAUGCAAUGCUUCGAAUAAAGUUGGCAGUGCUGUUUCAACCAAAACAUUGUAUCUUAUUGAUAAACCUCUAGAGCAUGAACAUUUUGGUUUCAUCGCAUUUUGUUCUGUGUUAACUAUACUUUUGGGAGUUCUUAUGAUAGGCUGUGCUGUACAUUUAAAGAGAGAAAAGAAAUUAAAAAAAGAAUUAGCUCUAGCUGGUCUCUUACACUUUGAGAAUGGUGCAGUUGAAAGCUGGAACCCUGAUUUGGGAAUUGAGGAACAAGCAGAAUUACUUCCUUAUGAUAAACGAUGGGAAUUUCCCAGAGAUAAACUAAAACUUGGUAAGCAAUUGGGUUCUGGAGCAUUUGGAGUCGUAUUUAAAGCUGAAGCAAUUGGUAUAAUUGAUAAAGAUACCACUACUACUGUUGCUGUUAAAAUGAUUAAACCAAAUACUGAUCCAUCAUAUAUUAAAGCCUUAGCUUCUGAAUUGAAAAUUAUGAUACAUCUUGGUAGGCAUUUGAAUGUAGUCAAUUUACUUGGGGCUUAUACUGGAAACAUAAACAAAAGAGAAUUGAUGGUGAUUGUAGAGUAUUGCCGUUUUGGAAAUAUCCAUCAAUACAUGCUGAAACAGAGAGACUGUUUUGUGAACCAAGUUACAAAAGAUGGCUAUUUAGAUUACAAUAUUAAAACGAUAUCUAAAAAUCCAUACUAUGUAAAUGUUCCUAACAAUACCAUUUUACCUGAAAAAUGUGAUGAUAGUAGUACUCAAAUUGGUUCUGAUGGGUAUUUGGUACCCGAUGAAGUUGAACCAGAGUGGCGGAGCAACUAUCGUGGAGAUUAUAAAAAUUUAAUUGUUAAACCAUCAUGUACUCAUGACUUAAUAUGUUGGUCAUUCCAAGUAGCAAGAGGAAUGGAAUAUCUUGCUAGUAGAAAAAUUCUUCAUGGUGAUUUAGCUACAAGAAAUAUUCUAUUGGCUGAAGAAAAUAUUGUUAAAAUAUGUGAUUUUGGAUUUGCAAAAACUAUGUACAAUAGUGAGAACUACAAAAAAAAGUCUGAUAAGGACCUUUUGCCAGUAAAAUGGAUGGCAAUUGAAUCUCUACGUGAUCGAGUUUUUUCAACACAGUCUGAUGUUUGGGCAUUUGGUAUUGUUCUGUGGGAAAUAUUCUCAUUAGCUGUUACUCCAUAUCCAAAUAUCCAAAAAUUUAAUGACCUAUUCAAUAGAUUAGUUGAAGGUUAUCGAAUGGAACAGCCAAAAUAUGCCAAUUCUGAAAUAUACAACAUAAUGUUAGACUGCUGGAAAAUGAAUCCUAUGACAAGGCCUUCUUUCACUGAUUUAGCUGAACGUCUGGGUGAUUUAUUACAAGAUGGUACAAAAUCACAUUAUAUGAAUUUAAAUGAAGUAUAUAUGAGAAUGAAUACAGAGGGAUCAGUUUCAACUGAUUACUUAAGUCUUUUAACGGCACCAACAUAUUUGAAUUGUUCAACGUUGUCGGAAAACAAUUUAAAUUCAUGCCUAAAUAGUUCUGAACAUUCAGAAAACAAAGAUGAUUUGGAAUUGAGGCCUAUGCUACAUAAUCCAGUUGAGUGUUCUGGUUAUAUAAACCUAACAAAACCAUCGUCUUUUUCUAAUCCCAAUUAUGAUGUUGUUGGUAAAUCCAAAAAUUAUUCAUACUUACAAUCACCGUGUCCAAGCUAUGUUUGAUGAAGCCAAAAAAGUUUAAAAUUUUGCUACUGUUAAAUAAAUUAGAAAUAUUGUUACCUUUUAUAUUUAAUUAUAUUAUUUAGUAAUGACUGAUGAUUGAUGAACAACCACAUUAAUAUGUUUUCAAAUAUAUCAAUAUCAUAUUUUGAUUGUAUGCUAUUUUAUUUAAUUUUUGUUAAGAUUUAAGAUUUUACUAUACUGUAUUGUUAAUGGAAAUAUAAAAUAACAAAAAUAAGUCUCUCAAGAGUUAAUAUACAAACCAACCAUAUAUUAUAUUGUAUAUUUUUAAUAUUUAUUAUUGCCAAAAAAUCUUAACUACCUACCUAUAUUAAUGUUAGAUAACAUUAUAAAUAUAUUGGUAUUAUCAUGCAUCACUUAUAUAUAUAUAUAUAUAUAUAUAUUAGAUUCAGUAAUUAAUAUUUAUUAUAUAAUAUGUAUUUAUAUUUUAUGUUCUAUAUGACUAUAUAACUAUAGCACUAUGGAUUGACUUGUAGCGUUGAUUGAGUUGAUGAUUGCUAAAAUGUUUCUUAUGUAUUUAUACUACCUAUAAAUGAUAUUAAAUAAAUUUGUACUUAAUGUAAGUAAAAUCUUGGUAGUUAUUAUUUUACAUAAUAUUUUUUUUUGGGUCUGGUAACAGUUGAGAUAUAGUUAUAUAAGUGCUAUUUAAAUUCUUAUUUAGUGAAGUAUGUGUAAAUUAAUGUUUAAAGGGAGUGUAUCUUUUUAGUAGUAUAUUUUUAAAUUUGGUUUAUUUUUCAUAUUACUUGUUUUCUUUAAAGUUCAUAUUUUAUUGCACUGACAUAAGUAAUUUUUGCCAUCAUCAAUUCAUUAAGAAUAUUGAAUGUAACUAGUCAAUACCAAAUAUUAUAUAUUUUAUCAUACAAUUUGAAUUAUUAUUUUGUAUCAAAUAAAAUUAUUUUUAAAAAUAAUCAAACUAUUCCAUCCAUUUAAUUGUAUUAUUUGUAUGUAGUCAUAAUAUU